GAGAGUCCUAGCCCUCAGGGAAGGAGACCAUGGGUGCAACCAGGGUGCAUCUCAAAGUGGAGCUGGGUGCACCCAGGGGUGGGUGCUGGGGGUCCCUUUGGGAGGUGCCGUGUCCCAUUGAGGCCAGUUGUCCAUCCUGGGGUGCUGGAGGAGCUAGAGGUCACUGCCCGUGCACAUCAUGGUGCCCAUCCUUGGCAGCACCCAUCUUGCCACACGUUGACACCACCGGGCCCCAAAGGACCUGUCUCAGCACCCAUCAUCCCUACUUGGUGCUGCUGGACCCACUGCAGGACACAUCUUCUACUCCUGGUCCUGCCCAACCCAUCUUGGCAACUGUAAUAUCUCCUUGGUCCUCCUGGACCCGUCUUGGUGCCCAUCAUCUCUUGCUUGGCCCAGCUGGACCCAUCUUGGCACCCAUCAUCACCCUGGUUCUCCCGCACCCAUCUUGGAGCCCAUCAUCUCCUGGUCCUGCCCAGCCCAUCUUGGUGCCCAUCAUCUCUUGCUUGGCCCAGCUGGACCCAUUUUGGCACCCAUCAUCUCUUCCUGGUCUCCUGCACUCCCCUUGGUGCCCACCAUCUCCUCCUGGUCCUGCCCAACCCAUCUUGGCACCCAUCAUCUCCUGGUCUUGCCAACUCAUCUUGGCACCCAUCCUCUUUUCCUGGUCCUGCCCAACUCAUCUUGGUGCCCAUCAUCUCUUGCUUGGCUCAGCUGGACCCAUCUUGGCACCCAUCACGUUCUCCUGCACCUACCUUGGUGUCCACCAUCUCCUUCUGCUCCUGCCCAACCCAUCUUGGUGCCCAUCAUCUCUUGCUUGGCCCAGCUGGACUCAUCUUGGCACCCAUCACGUUCUCCUGCACCCACCUUGGCACCCACCAUCUCCUGCUCCUCCUGGACCCACCUGGGCACCCUCAUGGUCCCACCACGCCCCCAUCACUGGACCCAAAGGGCCCCCACCACCCCCCCAAAGCAGGAGGUGCCCCCCAAGCCCCUCUCAUGGCCACCCCCAAAGUGCCUUCGGCUCCCCCCCAGGGCAAAGGCUGCCUAUAGGGGACAGGGCUGCCUAUAGGGGCUAUGGUUUCCCCGGGCCUCCCCGGUGCCGGCACAUGUUCCGCCCGGAGCGGUGCAACCGCGGGACCGUCCCGGGGCCGUUUCCGGGGCCGUUUCCGGGGCGGUUGGUUCCGUCCCUAUAG